UUAUCCCGAAUUGAAGAGGGGCAUAUUAUAUGGAUAGACAUUUAUUAUGGCGACAGAUUCGUCGUUCACUUGCACAGAGUCCUGUUAGUAGUGGUCUUUUAGCCAUAUUUGCUGGCACAACUCUAUAUUUUGGAAUAGAUACUUUCUAUAAAAGGGUUGCUGGAGAGUUGGAUGAACCUAUCCAACAGCGAAAGGAGUUUUAUAGAAUGAAAAGAGAGAAAACUAGACAAAAGUUGGAAGCUUUGGGAGUGUAUACAGAUGAAACUGAAGAAAACGACAGAAACAAAGUUUUAUAAAAGGACAGCUAUCUCGCUUUAA